AUGAAGGAGGCAGAAGCGGGAGAGGGAAAGAGUGAAAGUGGUGAGCGUCACUUCAGCAUCAGCUCAGCCCACGCGCGCGGCGGCCCAAAGGGGGGCUUUCGGAAUCACGGGCUCUGUAUCUGCGCAAUCCAGACUCUCGAGUCCAGCACCGAUCAUAUCGUGUCGCAGUCGCAGUUGCCCGAAGUUGCAGCGCCGCUCGAGAUCCACUUCGCCGGGGCCGCGACGCAGUCACCGUCGGAGUCGAAGUUUGUAGCACAAUCAAGUAGGACAAAAUCAACUCACCUGUAUGAGACCCUCCAAGUAAAGCCCUCCGAACAGUGCGCGGGGCCGGCUGGCUGCCCGAACCGGUGAGCUUUCGGACUAAACAACCAUGCGCGACGACGACGACUCUCGCGACUGGAACUCGGAGGUGCCGGCGCAUCCUUCACUUCGGCCAUUUUGGUGAUCGAAGAACUCGCCAAGGUCGAUCCUUCGGUCUCGGUCUUGUGCGAUGUCCACAACACGCUCGUCAACACGAUCCUUCGCCAUUACGCCACCCCUGAGCUGCGCGAAAAGUACAUGCCCCAACUUUCGGCCGACAAGCUCGGCUCGUUCUGUCUUUCGGAACCCAAUUCGGGCUCGGAUGCGUUCGCGCUCAAGACCACCGCCACCAAGAGUGCGGAUGGGUCUCACUACGUUAUCAACGGAUCAAAGUCAUGGAUCACCAACUCGGCCGAGGCGGGCCUCUUCCUUGUCAGUUCCAAAUGGCUCCAGCCGGUGGUUAAAAACUCUUAAGGGCACUCACUGACCCGAACCGCUUGAUCGCACGCACACACUCUCAGGUCUUUGCCACUUCUGACGCUAGCAAGGGUUACAAGGGUAUUUCAUGCUUCCUCGUCGAAAAGGAGAUGGGUGUUGAGAUCGCCAAGAAGGAGAAGAAGCUCGGUAUUCGCGCUUCAUCGACCUGCACGCUCAACUUUGACAAUGUUAAGGUGCCCGCCGCCAACUUGAUCGGCGAGGAGGGCAAAGGUUACAAGAUUGCGAUCGAGAUCUUGAACGAAGGACGAGUCGGGAUCGCGGGACAGAUGGUUGGACUUGCACAGGGUGCUUUCAACAAGGCCGUGCCGUACACGUUCCAGCGCCAGCAGUUUGGUCAAGCCGUCGGCUCGUUCCAAGGCAUGCAAAUGCAGUUUGCCGAGAUCGCGACCGAAAUCGAAGCCGCACGUUUGUUGACUUACAACGCCGCAAGGCUGAAGGAGGAGGGACAACCGUUCACCAAACAGGCUGCCAUGGCCAAGUGGUACGCUUCCGUCGUGGCGCAAAAGGCAUCCGGUGCGGCUAUCGAAUGGGCCGGUGGUGUCGGGUUCACUCGUGAGUUUCGCUCGCUGCUGCAUGGGUCGAGACUGGGGGAUGGGACCUUACUGAAUCUUUCGCAUUCAUUUCUGCAGGUGAGGUCGGUAUUGAAAAGUUCUGGCGGGAUUCCAAGAUCGGUGCCAUCUACGAAGGCACCUCCAACAUCCAACUCCUUACGAUCGGUGAGUUGGGCGAUAAGCGUCAAAUUGGGGACGUCCAGUAA